GCCCUCCCGGAGGAAACGCUCGCGAAGCUCCGCGAGGCCGCCGGACGGCUCGUCGUGCACGCGCCUGCAUCCGUGGCCGUCCCUCUUUAUGUCGCCGCUGGCUCGACGGCGAAAGAAAGAGGCGCGCCCGAGGUGCCGGCAAGCGAGACGGCUCGUGCCAAUGCGGCGGCGACGACGCAGCGUCCGAUGGCCGCCUCGCCAGACCCAGCGGCCGCAUCUCCAGCGGGCGGCUGGCGCGCGGCCGCGACAGCGCCGGCGGGGUCCUCGGCGCCUCCGGCGCGCCCCGUACGCUCGUCGCGGUCGUCGUCGCGGUCUGCGAGCCGGCGGUCGGGCCGGUUCCGGCGCCCCGGCUCGCACAGCGCCUCGCCCAGCUCGCGGCCGCGCUCGCCGCCUCCGUGGCGACGGGCUCGCGGGUUUGCGAACCGAGGCCGCGGCGCGAGUCCAAGCUCGCGAUCGCGGUCGCCGCCACGACCGAGACGAAACGGCGUCGCGAUGGCGCGCGCCCCGACCGGACCGUCGCCGCCUGCCUUGGCCACCGCGGCGCGGCCGCCGCGCGUCGGCAACGUCGUCGACGGCACGAUCGACCGUUACGACACGCCGCAUGGUGCCAUCGUCGUCGCGGAGGGUCUCUCUCUCGAGGGUUUGAUACCCCUAGCCGGCAUGGCGCGCCGGCGCCUCCCCGCCGGGACCCCCGUCCGAGUGCGCGUCGCAUACUCCUUUCCCGCUGGCUGUCCGUCGCACCGAUGGCGCUGGGAGGGGACCAUGCACGGCGUUCCCCAGCCCGCCGACCGCGGUCGCGAUCGCGGCGCGUCGCGCGGCUUUGAUCGGAGUCGGUCGCGUGACUUGGACCAUGGCUCGCGACCGCUGCGCGGCUACGACGACGAUCGCGACGGGCGAAGCUUCGAUCGACGGGACGACGACCGCGCGGCGGCCCCGCCUCGCCCGCCGCCGCGCUGCCCGCCGCCCGGGACCCUGAUCGACGGCGUAGUCGACCGCGUCCGGGCGUGCGGCGCGUUCGUCCGCGUGCCGGGAGACUUCUCCGACGGUCUGCUGCCGACGUCGCAGCAGGAUCAAACCGCUCGACCGGGCGACCGCGUCCGCGUACGGGUCAUGGACAACAAGGGCGCCAAAAAAUGGUCCUGCACCACCCGCGACGUUCGCACCCGGCCUCCGUUGAGCGAACGAGCGGGGGUCCCCAGCGCCCCCGCAGUCGCGGAUUCGCGCAACGACCAACAUCCGGCGUCCCAAGCGGGCGCUGGAGCAGAGCGCACGGACGCCGGUGCCACUGCGGGAGACGACGCCCCCCACGUGGAGGAGGGCGGCAUUUACGCAGGAGCCUGCUCGAAGGUGGCCCCGUACGGCGCUUUUGUGUCGCUCGACCGCGGCGGCGAGGGCCUACUGCACCGGUCCAAGUGCGGUACGGACGCGACGGGCGCGCGACGCGUCCCGGCCAAGGGCGAUCGGAUCUUUGUCCGCGUAUUGCAGAUCAAGGACGACGGAAAAGUCGCGUUCUCGACGCUGGGCCUCGACGCGGCGACCGGUUUGCCGGACGAGGGCGCGAUCGCGAUCGAGAUCGACGUGGGGGCGCCGAGAAAUAAGGGCACGAAGGUCCGGAAGGUCGCGAAGAAGCGUCCCCAGGUCGACGCGCCCGUCGACGACUUCGGCAUUAAGAGCUUCGCCGAGGUCAUGGCCGAAAAACGGCGCGGUGGGCCUUGAAGGCACAAUUUUUUUACGUGUUUCGUCCAGUGUAAAAUUUCAGGUUAUUGG